CUGAAACCAGGUGCUGUCCCGUCACUGUACAUCAAGUCAGAUCCAGAAGAUGCUGUUGACAUCUUUCCACAUUGCGCGGCAAUCAGAGAUGGCAGACUUCACCCCAUUCAUGCAACAAACCUCUGUUGGCCUCUGUUGGUCAUUUUGGCAAGUGUGGAAACACAGAUAGACAGACACACAGAGCCACUAAAAACAAUACUUCAUUUACACUCCGUGGGGUGAAGUAAUGAGUUUAAAUCCACCGGAGCUGUGUUUAUUGCCUCUUGUGUCACCCGGUGAUAUUCCCGUGCCACUCUAUAGAAGUGAAUUGUUCUAUGUCAAGACAGAAAGAGGCAACAGUAAUAUUGUGCUUGUAAAGUAAGAUGGUUGCCCUCAGUUUGGAGUUUGGUGCUCACAAAAAGUUUCAGAAAUGAAUAUUACUGUUAUAAAACUCAGUCAUUCCGCAGUUUGAUGGGAGAAACACUUCUUGCCUCUGCCUGCCCCUGUGUUGCUGUUGUAUACACUUAAGCUGCAUAAGGCCCAUUUUCUUCGUCCAUCCAUCCCAAAUGUUAUCUGUCAUGACCCUACAUACCUCCGUGCAUCCAUUGUGUUUUUAUGGAUGUUUACACCGUACUUCCUCUAGAGGGGAGUACCAAGUUGCAGGCAUCAACAAACAUAGUGACCAUUCAAAAGGUGACCAUUCAAAGGGGUUAUUAGCACAGACAAUUUAAAAAUUGCUCUGUGUGUCUGUCUGUCUGUUUGUUGUUCCUGAUUUGUCCACUGGGUGUCACACUACUGUCCUGUUAUGAUAGAUCUUUUUGAACUUACAGAAGACGUGGUCAAAGACCAUCAGGCGUCAAUAAAAACAUAAAAAACAUAAAACAUGUAUACAUAAAAUUGGCCAUUUUCUUUAUACACUGCCUGGCCAAAAAAAAAGUUGCCACCUGGAUUUAACUAAGCAAAUAGGUAAGGGGUUGCUGCAGUUGGUCAGGUCUAGGUUCAGCAACAUUAUGUGCCCAAAGAAUGAGGUCAGCUGACUAUCUGAAUAUAAUGAAUGACCAGAUUAUUCCAUCAAUGCAUUUUUUUCUUCCCUGAUGACAUGGGCAUAUUCCAAGAUGACAAUGCCAGGAUUCAUCAGGCUCAAAUUGUGAAAGAGUGGUUCAGGGAGCAUGAGACCUCAUUUUCACACAUGGAUUGGCCACCACAGAGUCCAGACCUUAACCCCAUUGAGAAUCUUUGGGAUGUGCUGGAGAAGGCUUUGCUCAGUGGCCCGACUCUCCCAUCAUCAAUACAAGAUCUUAGUGAAAAAUGAAUGUAACACUGGACGGAAAUAAAUCUUAUGUAAUUUAUGGAAACAAUGCCACAGUGAAUGAGUGCCGUAAUCAAAGCUAAAGGUGGUCCAACGAUGUGACCCUUUUUUUUUAGGUCGCAACUUUUUUUUGGCCGGGCAGUGUAUUUUAUUAUUAUGUCUUGUACAUCCCAUACAAUUUAACCAAUUUUGGAGCAGGGAGCUUUAAUUAAUAAUGACCAAUAAAUGAUAUGGGACAGUUUUCUGGAAACCUGUACAAGUGAAUUCAUUGGGAAAUAGAUGAUUCAGGAAUAUAACAUUUAUGCAAAAUGUUACAUAUGACUGUAUUGUUUUUAGUGGCUAAGUGUGUCUGUCUGUCUGCGACCACGAUCAGAACGUCGUAAAGAAAAGGAUCGCCAGAGGAAAAGAAAGGCUUUGGAGAACGAAACGCCAGAACAAGCGGAGCUGCGAAAGAUAAAGAACAGAGAGAGAAUGGCAGAGAGGAGGAAACAAGAAACAGAAAAGCAACGAUAUGAACGGUUAUCCCAUAACAGGAGUAAAGUUGCAGAAACUCGUGCAAAAGAGACACCAGAUGCACGUGCUGCCAGGUUAUCCAAGGAUAGGAGUAAAACUGCAGAAGCUCGUGCAAAAGAGACACCACAUGCACGUGCUGCCAGGUUAUCCAAGAACAGGAGUAAAACUGCAGAAACUCGUGCAAAGGAGACACCAGAUGCACGUGCUGCCAGGUUAUCCAAGGACAGGAGUAAAACUGCAGAAACUCGUGCAAAAGAGGCACCAGAUGAUGCAGCUAUACGGUUGUCAGCAAACCGACGUCGAACUGCCAAAACUUGCACUGCAGAGACACCUGAACAACGAAGCACAAGAUUGUCAAGAGACAAAAUGGCAAAAUUGAAAACAGCAAAGGCACUUACCAUUGAAGAUGCAUCUAGAGCUUUCCAUGAGCGAAUUAAGGAAGGGCCAACAUGUGUCUGCUGUGUCUGUCAUCGGCUUAUGUACAGGAGGACUGUUGUACGUUUUAAUCAGAAUAAAUACAACAAAUUGUCAAAGGAUGUCACCACUGAAUUGACCAACCAUUUGUCUACUGACUGCACUUGGAUCUGCAAUACUUGUGACUCUACAAUGAAGACAGGACAGAUGCCUGCACAGGCAAAAGCCAAUGGACUUCAACUCAGUGACAUACCAGAGGAACUAAGUGACCUGCGACCGCUAGAGUGGCAAGACGGUGAUCAUGAUCUCUGGCAAGCGAUCAACCAAUCUCCAUGUGCAAGAACUGAUGAAGUUUCUACUGUUACAGUUCCCCAGGCAGCCAGAACAGACAUCUAUAGUAUAGCGAAAAGAUAUGGAUAUGACGUCGAAGAUGUGCCUUCAGAUGGUAAUUGUUUCUUCAAUGCAAUACAUGUUACCUGUGCCCGAUCCAACAUAGACUGUGUAUCGCCAGAUGAGCUGAGACAAACGUUGGUGCGGUUUCUCAGGACAUCUAAUGAUGUGGACCGAUAUCAGCAGUUCAUCCCAGACCCAAUAGCAAGUCAUGAGGCAAUAGUUGCUGGCUACGAUGUGGACAUGCCAGAGGACAUUGACUUUGCAAUUGCAUGUAUCCCCGACGUAGUUGAUCGCCAAAUUGAAACGUGGAACCGAUAUGUGAAUCUACUGGAGAAGGGUGCCUGGGCAGAUAAUGUGACAGUUCAAGCAUUGUCGGACAUGAUGGACAUGGAGAUUCACAUCGUAACAACUAUCAAUCCGGAUGCCAUGACGAUUGUUAAACCACCAGAUGACAGUCCUUCUCGUCGAGUAGUCACCAUUGGUUUGAUUGAUCAAUGUCAUUAUGUGGCGCUUCGUCAGACCACACCAAACAUAACACUGACGGAAGCAAAUCAAAGUACCUGUAAACCAGCACAAGUGGAUCAAAGUACUGCGCCACUGAUGAGCAAACAAGAAAGAGAAGAUGCAGAGGACGAGCGUGCAUUUGAGCAGUGCCAUCAGUGUGUGCACAGAAACCACCGGAAAAGCCAGGUCGCACCACCUGCUGAAUGCCAUCACCAGAUAGGAGGCACAGAGGUCAUUCCAGAGGCCGGACCAACGGAAGACUCAGGUUUACUUGUGUCUCAUGUUGUCGUUAAUGAGGUGACUCACUCUGUCAACAAAACAGAGGGAUCAAGUGAUGAGACUGGAUUCAGAGAGGAAGACAAGUGUGCCUCAAAUGCUCGAUCUUCCAGAUACAUGUUGCACAACAUCAGAAGAAUACGUCCUCUUCUAACCCAGAAGGCGGCACAGGUUCUGGUCCAGGCUCUUGUCAUCUCACGGUUGGACUAAUGCAACUCCCUCCUGGCUGGUCUCCCUGCAUGUGCCAUAGGACCUCUGCAGCUCAUCCAGAAUGCAGCAGCUCGACUGGUCUUCAACUUACCAAAAUUCUUUCAUACUCCACCGCUCCUCUGCUCCCUUCACUGGCUUCCUGUAGCUGCUCGCAUCCGCUUCAAGACUCAAGUGCUUGCAUUCCAUGCUCCAGCCUGCCCACUCCACUCUGCAUCGGCAAACCAGCUUGCUGCCCCCUCACUGAGGGGAUCGCAGAGGCAUUCACUAGCUCCUAAAUGGUGGGACGAGCUCCCCAUCGACAUCCGGACAGCAGAAAGCCUCCACAUCUUCCGCCGCUGACUAAAAACACAUUUCUUUUAACUCUACCUCGACUAAGACAACGACGACAAAAAAAAAGGCAAGCCCUUACUUGUGCAUCGCACUUAUAACUAGCACUUUAUACUUCGGCGUACUUGAAGCACUUACUUACUUCUAGCUCUUGUUUGUACCAAUAUGUUGAAAUGCACUUAUUGUAAGUCGCUUUGGAUAAAAGCAUCUGCCAAAUGACAUGUAAUGUAAAGGAAUAUGACAACGAUGAGGUAUCCGAGGAUGACGAUGAGGAAUAUGACGAUGAAGAAGAAGCGGAGAGAACAUGUUAAAAUCCUGCAAGCAACAUGGAGCUGGAGCUUCACUAAGUCAUUGAGAUGGAAAAAAAAACUAAUUGAGGUGUUCAGAAGAAUGCAGAACUGUGCAGUUUUUCAUCACACAACCUAUUGCAAACUCAACAUAUACUUUAGGUUGGAGUAUUUUUUCAAAAUUAAAUACUUUUUUUUACUGUUAAGAGUUUUUGAUGAUGCAACCCUCCUAUUUAUCCUGGCUUGGGACAGACACAGGGAAUUCAGUACACUACAUGGGAGGAACCCAUGUUACUUUUGACAUGGGAUUUUGAGUCUCAUUCACUGUUCCCUCCCGUUACAUUUGAAUUAAAUUGGACUGAUAUCAAGUGCAUGUUCCCUUGUGUUGGAUGUUUCUGGUUUCUUUAAAUGUGGGAAAGAGCCACAUUUAGUCCUAUCAUUUAGUUGUACUUUAUGCUAAGUUAUCUUGACAUACUCGUUAAAAGGUUUAUUUUACAGCUGUUAUAAAUAGGUAACAAAUCAUUGAAAUAACAGCAGCUGGUGUAGCAUUAGGAGAUGUGUGUAAAAUGUAUCAACAUAUUUUGGUGAGGCUGCAUGUUGCAGAUGAAUAUCCCUUACCUCACCCUUUCCCUCCAAGUGUGUUGGAGAACCUAUGUAGCCUUCUGUUAACAUCAUAACUCAAAAUAUGUUAAUUAUUUUCCAUUGUUAAAACAUGGUGGUCCAAAAUGAUAGUCUCUAUAGCGCCUGUAAGGCUCAUUCUAGGUUUCUGAAAACAUUUCCUAGAAUGAGGUGAUUAUACACUUUGCUAUGUAACACUGGGAUCAUUCAGAUGAUCCACCUCUGAAUUGAAGUCAUUUUGAAUACUGCAAUUGGCAAAAUCCUGAUUAAUUUGUGUUUGAGAAUUCAAAAAUGCACAUUUCUGAAAACAUCCCACAAAUUAUUUUAUUAAUAUUGAUGACUUCAGUGUCCAUGGUGACUCCAGCAUCCAUGAUGACUCCAGGGUCCACUCUAGUGUCCACUCUUGUGUCCAUGGUGACUCCACCGAUGAAUCCAGCAUCCAUGGCGACACACCAAGACAACCCACCGCCUGUCCUCAGGAUCAGCCGUAAAAGAAGGUGCUCAAGCUGCCCUGUGGUGCCACCAAACACUGAAGACCAUCCCUACAGCCAGUGAUGUUACUGUGGCCAAAAAUGUUGCCAGCCUAGAUGACGCGUCUUCCAAGAG